AAAUAAUGUCCCCACUCCCCUUUAAGCCAGUCCGCCGUGCCAGUGUUGUGUGUCGGAGACUGUCUGCUCUGCUCCAGCUAACAAUAGCCGACUAACCCGCUUGGCUCCGAAGCUGGACGGAUUUCAGGAAUAAGAAAUGUUUUAUUUUUAAGACCUCUGAUAACGUUAAAAACUAAAAAAAAAAACGCUGGAUGGUAACAAGGAAGACAUAACUGGAACGGGAAGCCGUCAAUGCCAAGAAAGAGGAUCCAUGGCAAAGUGGCUGAAGGACUACCUAAACUUUGGCACCAGGCGUGACCCUCCACAGCCCCCGAGGCCGGAUUAUAGUGAGAGUGAGAUUUUGAGGGCUUACAGAGCUCAGAAGGAGUUAGAUUUUGAAGACCCGUACCAGCGCUCUGAUAAGGAGCAUCAGAAUGGCGGUUUCAGCCCUUGUAGUGCCACAGUGAGCCUUCCCUCUUUCCCCGCAUUUGGUUCAGUGCUGCCUAAUGGUGUGGAGGUCAAAGUGGUGUCUCCCAAGCACAGACUAAUUAAAGUGGACUCUCAGGAGUUUGGCCGCUGUAAAGUCCCCCUGAGUCCCGUGACUGUUCAAGAGGAACCUGUGGUUCCCUCUGCCCCAGCAGCAUCGGACUCUGACACAGACUACUCUGAUCCAUUUGAUGUCCGGCCAGACCCCAGAAGCAGACCAAACUGGGAGCCAAAACCUGCACCAACAGACUGCUGCAGCUACAUGGAGCCAUUCGAGGCCCAGCGGAUCAUCUCAGAACUGCAGCACAGCGCGAUGACUAACAGGUCUGGGAGCGGAGAUGGUGGCCAGUUAUAUGAUAACCCAUACGAGGAGAGGACUCGUCACAACCCCCGAGCUGCUCCGCUAGCACAACAGCAAUCUCAGAGGAUUGAGGGAGGACUUGCCCAGAUAGACAGCAGGGAGAGCAGACUGCCUCAAGACGAUGAGAGGCCAGCUGAUGAAUACGAUCAGCCCUGGGAGUGGAAGAAGGACAACAUCUCUAAAGCUCUUGCAGUUCAGUUUGAAGGGGCAGAAAGGGAGCGCUCGCGAGCUCAGACAGAACAGACCAGGCUCACCAAGACAGGGACCACAUCGACCACAGCUGACUCAACCACUCUCCGUCUGGUCAGUGACACUCCUCCUCUCCUGGGAGAGAGAGUGGAUCCAUCUAUGCCGCUGGAGAGACAAGUGUGGUACCAUGGAACGCUGAGCCGCUCGGAGGCAGAGACUCUACUGACUCUGUGCAAGGAGAGCUCGUACCUGGUGAGGAACAGCCAGACCUGCAGGAACGACUACUCGCUCUCACUCAGGAGUUGUAAGGGCUUCAUGCACAUGAAGUUCACUCAGUCUGCAGAUGGGCGAUACGUACUCGGAGAGAACAGCCCUCCCUUCUCCACCAUCCCUGAGGUCAUCCACUACUACACUACACACAAGCUGCCGAUCAGAGGAGCUGAGCAUAUGUCCCUACUGUAUCCUGUCAUAGUGCAGACCCUCUGACACUAACACACUCACAUACGCUUUCUCUUGGUGCUACUGAAUACAAUAUAUACUCUAUAUUUACCUAUUUCUGCCCCUUUACUUUCUUACAUGCCUUUCUACUUCCAUUGUAUUGCACAAGAGAUCGGACUGUCCGGUGCCAUCUUUUCCAUUUACCAUAACCCCAGUAACUACACUGGCAGCUUAAUAAGAGAGCUCAAAGGCUCAUGAAUAUAUGCCUGUGAACUGGUUUUAUCACUGAAAUCCCUGUAUUUUAAUACCAUGGACUCCUAAGAACCAGUCAUCAUUGAUAUUAAGAUUGGUGGAGUACUUUUAGGUAUAAAAAAGUCUUGAGACAGUAGAAUCUACAAACUAUUGCAUGGAGAUUUGUCUCUUUUACUGUAUUGCAGAGAUAGACUUUACUGUCAGGUCACUUAAAGGAUAAUAGUGGUGUUUUCUUUUGUGCCAAUAAUCUAGGUUGGCUUUCCAACCAACACAGUUAUUUUGUUGUGAGUUUUAUGUUUUAAAGUGACAAACAAAAAUCUAACAAAAGGAUGGAUAUGAGGCGUGGGGAUUAAAACUAGAUAUAGGCGGUAUAAAAUGCAGUUUAAAAAAAAAAAGUGCUGUAAUUGCAAACAAUACUGUUAUUAUCCUUUAAGUGUUACAAUAUCAACCAAACACUACAUAUUUAACCCGGGUCGGCUCUGGGUUUCUCUGUGUGUUUCAGAGGCCUGUGAAUGUUAUUUGAUGCUGUAGCUGUGUGCCCUGCAGUGUCUUCCUCAGUUCAUAUUAUGUGUGAACCACAACAACAAAGUGACAGCAUAAUGUCAAACAGACUUGUUAACUUCACACAGUAACAGACUUCUGCAAUGCUUGUUUAAAGAAUAAUAACUACAGUAUUAUGUUGAAAGCUUGUGGCUUUGGUAGGUUAUUUACUGUUAUUUGCUGUUUUAUAAGAUUUUAAAUGUUUGUUGAAAAUAAAGGUGUCAUCUGUUUUUAAA